UUUUAAACAAAGUUUUAUCGGCCAAACGCUUCCUUGAAUAAAGAUAAUUAAUUUUUUUUUUUAAAUGAAAAUAGCAGAUAGUUUGUCUCUAUACUUCUGUGUUUGUUUGAGACGACAUUGUCUCAUACUGAACAUUGUUGUCGGCACCUCAGGGACUUACAAGUCACACACACACACACACACACACACACACACACACACACACAGAAGUAGCCCUGCCUCCAUACCGGUCAGGCAGGAUUGAGACAGGUGAGAGCAUGCCGAGAUCAGGUUGAGUCGUACACACACUUUUCCUGUUCCCGGCUCAACUGUCCUCCCUAAACCAGGCAUGGAGGAGCUAACGAUAUGGGAGCAACACACAAUAACACUGAGCAAAGAUUCCAAAGUGGGGUUCGGCUUUGCCAUUUCGGGAGGCAAGGACAAGCCCCACCCAGACAACGGGGACACGGCGGUGGUGGUGUCGGAUGUGCUGCCAAACGGGCCGGCCAUCGGACGGCUGUUCUACAAAGACCAGAUCGUCAUGGUCAACGGCGAGUCCAUGGAGAACGUCUACUCCACCUACACCAUCCAGACCCUCAAGUCAUGUGGCAAGACCGUCAACGUCACGGUGAAGCGGCCCCGCAAGAUCCAGAUCCCGGCGACCGCCAGACCGACUCGUGCCGCCUCCCACUCCAACCUGCUGGACCCGAACCCCCCCAGGAGAACGCGGCGCUACUCGGACGGCAGCGACAACCGGGAAGGCAACCGGUACCGCGCCCGCAGCGCCUCGCCGGACCGCAACGGGCACGCGAAUGCCGCGCUGCCGCUGAUGGCGACGGCGUACAAGAGGCUGCCGCGGCAGGACGCGCCGGAGAAGCCCAUCAGGACCACGCUGCUCAAGAAGAAAAUCACAGACGAGUACGGAUUGAAGCUGGGCAGUCAGAUCUUCAUCAAGCACAUGACGGAAACGGGCCUGGCCGCCAAGGAAGGAACGCUACAGGAGGGAGACCUGAUCCUCAAGAUCAACGGCAUGACGACGGAGAACCUCUCCCUGCUGGAGACCAAGCACCUGGUGGAGAAGAGCCGGGGCAAACUGACCAUGACGGUCCUCAGGGACGAGCGCAAGUUCCUGGUCAGCAUCCCGGAGGUGGUGGACAGCGCCCCCAACAGCGAGGAGGACCGCCGCCACGGCAGCAGUAGUGAACUGGAGGACAUUUCAGACCUCGACGAAGACACCCCCACUUACAGAACGUCCCGUCAGCCCACCAGAGAGAAACGCACACGCAGAACAAGAGCGGAACCUCCUCCAUCCAAGUCUCGGGACUCGUCACCGAUGCGCUCCACCUUGACUCGGCCUCCCGUAAAGACCUACGCCCCUCGCCGAGCUCCGUCCGGGUCCGAGUCGGACCGCAGUGCCUCCCCUCCGACUUUAAGGAGGGCCAGUCCGGACAUGAGGGACUCCAGCAAGUACAAGUCCCUCUCUGGGAUGUCCAUCCUCCCCAACCCUCGGUCCUCCCCUCAGCUCCCCAGCUGGUCCGCCUCCCGUCCCUCCUCCUCCGCCGCCUCGCGGCCUCGCCGGCCGGUGUCGGACUCGGACUCGGACCGCAGCAACUCCCCCGUGCAGCGCCGGCGGAGCCCGCGCCCAGACAGCAGAUACAAAGUCCUUCCCGAUCUGGCCUACACGGGACUGAGCGCCUCCCCCAUCGACGUUCGCCACGAACCACUGAGGAGGGUCAGCUCUCCCAUCAGAGUCCUGCCCCCAGACUCCGACUCCGAGUCUGAAGUGAGCCUGGCGCCUCCUCAGAGGCAGAGCACCAUGUACAAUCAGGACUCCCUCAGCAGAUACAGAGUCCUGCCAGACGUCGCCCUGCAGCUUCAGGGGGAGUCGCCCCGAAGGAGCGCCUCCAGCGUCACCGCCAGCAAUGCGCCACGGAAAGCUCCUUCAGACUCUGAAUCGGAGGCCAGUUACGAGUCCCCGCCUCGCAGGGAACCUACGGAGACCGUGAGAUCCAACAGAUACAGAGUCCUUCCUGACAUCAAAACCACGCCGGUCGCCGUGAAGCAGGAGCCUCCUCGCCGCGCCCCGUCACCCACCAGACCUCCACCUGAAGAUUCCUCAGAGUCGGACCAGCUGUCACAACUCCGGAGGUCCGGGAGCUCUGAGCGCGACGACAACCGCCGCAGAGUUCCUCGCGCUGCAAAUGGAACGGACGCCCUGAAGUCGGAGAGCAACCCGCCGACCUACUCGAAGCCUGCAGAGGAGCCCAUCUACUCCCUCCCUCCGGACUCCUACCCAGGACCUAAUCCAGGGUACAGCUCAGACGUUCACACGGUGGCGUUCUCGAAGAAGGGCAGCGUGGGUCUGAGGCUGGUGGGCGGCAACGACGUCGGCAUAUUUGUCGGAGGAGUUCAGCCAAACAGCCCGGCGUACGAAGAGGGCAUGAAGGAGGGAGACCAGAUCAUGCAGGUGAAUAAAGUAGAUUUUGGUCACUUCACUCGAGAAGAGGCCGCCAGCUUCCUCUUGAACAUCAAGACGGGGGAGCAGGUGGAGAUCUGCACUCAGAACAAGAUGGACAUUUACAAGAAGAUCAUCAAGUCCAACCUGGCCGACAACUUCUACAUCCGGACCCACUUUGACCACGAGGCCGAAGGCCCCAUUGGUCUGAGCUUCACCCGAGGGGAGGUGUUCAGGGUGGUGGACACGAUGCACCGCGGGAAGAUGGGCAAGUGGCUGGCGAGCCGCAUGGGCAACGACCUGCACGAGAUGGAUAAAGGCACCAUCCCCAACCAGGCCAGUGCGGAGACGUUGGCCAGCGUCGAGCAGGCGCAGCGGAUGAGCGGCGAGAGGCAGGUGGCGGGGCCGAGGGCGGAGUUCUGGAAACUACGGGGGCUCAGAGGGAACAAAAAGAACGACAAGAACAUCCGCCGGUCUCGCGACGACCUGCUGCAGCUCACCAUUCAGGGGAAGUUCCCGGCGUACGAGCGAGUCCUGCUCAGAGAAGCUAAUUUCAAACGGCCCAUCGUCAUCCUGGGUCCUCUCAAUGACAUCGCCAUGGAGAAGCUGGCCAGAGAGAAACCUGACGAAUAUGAAGUGGCAGACAUGGUUCCUCGCAGCGGAGGAGGAGACGGCGGCUCCACGGUCAUUAAACUGGACACUGUGAGGAGAAUAGCAGAGAAGGACAAGCACCCUCUUCUGGACAUCACUCCCACCGCGGUGGAAAGGCUGAACUACAUCCAGUACCACCCGAUGGUGCUCUUCCUGGACCCGCACAGCCGCAAGGACGUGAAGGCCAUGAGGCAGAGGUACAGCCCCGACUCCAACAAGAGCUCCAGGCGCCUGUACACGCAGGCCCUGAAGCUGAGGAAACACUGCAGCCACCUCUUCUCGGCACGCAUCGACCUGCAGCCCAGCUCCAAUGUUUGGUACGAGAGUCUAAAGGAUAAGAUCCGCCACCAACAGUCGAAACCUGUCUGGGUGUCUGAAGUGAAGUUGGAGAGCGGUGGAGAACAGGACCUGGACGCUCUGGACCAAACGCAGUCCGACUACCUCAGCGCCGCCAGCGACCUGGAGGACACGGACGGCGAGGUCUACACCGACAACGAGGACCUGGAGGAGGCCUACCCGGGUCAGAACGCCGCCGAGCUCUCCAGGGUGGCGGGGGCGGCUCUGGCCCGGUCGUCCGAGCCCGCCGCCUUCGGGCGCCGCAGCUCCGACUCGGACGACGAGUCUCUGCCCGAGUCCAACUCGCCCAGAGAAAUCCCGCCGCUGAUGGACGUGCCGGAGCCCAGAGCGGCGCGGCAGGCGAGCUACAGCCCGCCGCACAGCGCCGAGGAGGAGGAGGAGGAAGAGGAGGAGGAGGAGGAGGAGCACCGCAGCUUCACGGACUCUGAUUUCAGCGCGCUGGACGUGAUCACGCCCACCACUCCGUCGGACGGACCCCCGGACUUUAUAGCCCCGGACCCCUCGUCCGCCCGGUACUCCGUGACCGAGCCCACGUACGCCGAGGUGCAGCGCGAGAGCCCACAGCUCGCCAGCCUGUCCGCCAUCGAGGAGAAGUUGGACCAGGCUCGCUCUGCAGAGCCACAGGAACCCGCCGCGGUGAAGAAGGGCCCUCAGUUCAUCGUGCUGGCGCAUCAUCACCAGGCCGUCCAGUUCAGACGCACGCAGAUCCGAGGCGGCGACAGCUCGGAGGAGGACGAGGCGGAGGACUUCGAGUGGGGUCCCGCCACGGAACUGUAGGGUCUGCAUGGAGGAUUAAAGUGCACUGGUCCGACGAGGGACCCCGGAGACUAUUUCACACCCCUGAGAAACUGGCUCGGAUCAUUUUCACCCAAAAAGGCCUCGAUCAGAUGUGGGAGAUACCUUUUUUUUUUUUAAUCUUUUUUUUUUUAUAAAGGUUAACUCAAAGUUUUAACAUCUACGGAAAAAAAAAAGGUUCUCGCAUGAAUGUUGAGAUCAGAGUGCCCGAGGACGUCUUUAUUUUUGUAUUUAACUAUCACGGCCUUUACCUGUCGUCACUGCCACUCACUGUUUGUCACGUGUAUAAAAAAAAAAAUUUCAAAAACACAUUCUAGUUUUAUUAGAAAAAUUGUCGUUUUCACAGAAAUAUUCAGAACAUUUAUGAAAUGUUUGGGUGCCUCUUUCACUUGUUCCACAUUAAACUGUUU